AUGAAUGUUCAUACCCACCCUAGUUUUGGUACGAAGAAAUGUGCUUCUGUCCGAUUUCUUUCAGCCCGGUUCCGCCGCCAGGGAAGUGAAGUGCUUGCUGACACCGAUCCAAGUCUAUCCAGAAAAGACAUACAAAAGGCAUUCCGGGUCAAUGAAGCGUUUGACGAACUAUUUGAGGAGAUCCACAAAUGCGAGAGUCGAAUUAAUAGAAGGCAGCCUCCGAGUUUUUGUAUUGAUGCGUUCGUCACCUCUCCCCUGACUGUUGGUCUACAAACCGCCAGUAUAUCGACGGUACAGAUGGGCAAAGUAAUGGCUUGCAAAAGCGCCCACCAAGAUAUAGUGGAGAAAAGCCGAGUUACGUGGUUGGUUGAUCCCAUGCUACGUGAACAAUUGUCCGGCCCGAAUGAGACUGGCACGGAAUUAAACGAAUUACUUGCUCGCCUCCACGAGCUUUACGUGAAUAUGCAAAUAGCGAGAACUGCAAUAGAUAUCGAGACCAUGGCAGCAGGAGAAGCUUGGUGGACCCCCUACACCAAAGGUGAGCUGGAGACCAUCUUGCAAAGGAACCGUCUAGGGGCCCCAGGACAGAUUUCGUCUGACAAGUAUUCGGCUACAGGUGAGGAGACAGCUGCGGCAGAAGGGACGGAAGCAGGCGAAGCUGCAAGCACUGCGACAAACGCGGAUCAAAGCACUGUAGUCCAUAUCGGAGACCCGGAGGUGAUACCUUUAACUGCAAGAGCACGGGCACUCAGAGAUACAAUUAAAUAUGUGGAAGGACCGCUCCACAACCGCAAUGACGAGGGAGCAAACGCCGAGCGGCCUGAUCGGGAGUCGGGUAAACUCGUAAAGCUUAGAGGGAAGGUGAUAUUACACGUGCUGUGCAAAACAGAAGCUCUUAAUACGGUUUUGCUCGUCUCUCACAAGAGGAUUCUGGAAAAGUUGCUACGGGAGCGCGUCUCGCCAGCAAAGCUGAAAUAUGCCAUUUUAUCAUGCGGAGUAGAGCCGAGCUUGACGGUAUUAAGUCCGAAGACGCCUCUGGAGUCGAUACGGCAAAGCUUAGGUGAUUUAUCACAGCUGCCAGCCUGGAGAGAAUAG